AUGACGAUCACAGAAGUCUUGGCACUCUUGCUGGCUUACAGGUCCCUGGGAGUCGUCUUUGGAGGCCUCGUGACGUCACCGCUUUAUGUUUAUCCUUCAAUGCCGUUGAACUCUCCAACCGAAGAUGACUAUCUUGGCAUAUACAGCAUCAUGUUCUGGACUCUCACUUUCAUUGUGCUUGUCAAGUACGCCACCAUAGCCAUCCAUGCUGAUGAUCACGGUGAAGAAAGGGGUGUUGAAGCACAAACUUGGCUUGCCAAAUUGUUUGAGAGAAGCAUAGUUGCUCUACGAGUUUUGCUCUUUCUUGCUAUGCUAGGAACUUGCAUGAUUAUCGGGGAUGGCAUACUUACGCUUGCAAUUUCAGUGUUAUCAUUAAUGGAUGGACUAAGAGCACCUUUUCCCUCAGUAAGCAAAUCACUUGUGGAAGCACUCUCUGCAUCAUACACCAUUAUCCUAGUAUUUUCAAGGUUAUAUCUCCUCACUAUAUUUUCCAUUUCUUUUGGAGAAAUGGAAAAGCUGGCUGGCUUUUACUUGGUGGUUCUGUCCUCUGCAUUACAAGAACGAUGGUCGGAGAUGUUUCCUUCUAUGAUUUCUAGAGCUGUAACACUUGAUGUCAUAGCUAGUGCGGAAACUAGUAAGAACAAAGCACCAUAA